AUGGAAAUACCAUCCAAAGACGCGGUGAAAAACAAGAAAUCACCAUUAUCAUCAUCACGGUCAAGCAUAAUUUCUUUAAGCAGCAGUGGUAUUAGUAAUUGUGAUAGUUUUUAUUCUGAUGAAUCCGAUUUGGACGGUUGGGAUAUUGAAGGAAACAUAAGGAAGAAGCAGAGGAUCGAAACCGUACUGCCUGUCAGUUUUCUUGACCCGCUUACACCCGAAGAACGCUCUUCCAUUCAAAAGGAAAUCGCUACAUCAUCGACCAUUGGAAAUAAUAAUGAUUCUUUUUUGGGGUUGUCCAAUGUACCGAUUGUUGUAAAACAGGAGAGUUUUAAGAAUUCGGAUAAUGCUUGUAAGGAUAAAGCAGUUAGUGCUCCUGCAGUUCGCAGUUGUAAGCAGUUCUGGAAAGCAGGCGAUUACGAGGGCAAGAAAGAUAAUGAUUCGAGUUCAAGAAUGGGUAAUUAA